GUCCGGUUCGCGUCAUGCCGAGCCUCCCGGCCCCGCCGGCCCCGCUGCUGCUCCUCGGGCUGCUGCUGCUCGGCUGCCGGCCGGCCCGCGGCGCGGGCCCCGAGCCCCCUGCGCUGCCCAUCCGCUCCGAGAAGGAGCCGCUGCCCGUUCGGGGAGCGGCAGGCUGCUCGUUCGGCGGGAAGGUCUAUGCCUUGGACGAGACGUGGCAUCCGGACCUGGGGGAGCCCUUCGGGGUGAUGCGCUGCGUGCUGUGCGCCUGUGAGGCACCUCAGUGGGGUCGCCGUGGGAGGGGCCCUGGCAGGGUCAGCUGUAAGAACAUCAAACCCGAGUGUCCAACCCUGGCCUGCGGGCAGCCGCACCAGCUGCCAGGACACUGCUGCCAGACCUGUCCCCAGGAGCGCAGCAAUCCGGAGCAGCAGCCGUCGGGCCUGUCCGAGUAUCCCAGGGACCCGGAGCACCGCAGUUACAGCGACCGCGGGGAGCCAGGUGCUGAGGAGAGGGCGCGCGCUGACGGCCACACGGACUUCGUGGCGCUGCUGACAGGGCCGAGGUCGCAGGCGGUAGCACGUGCCCGAGUUUCGCUGCAGCGCUCGAGUCUAAGAUUCUCCAUCUCCUACCAGCGGCUGGACCGCCCCAGCAGGGUUCGAUUCUCAGACUCCAUGGGUAGCAUCCUGUUUGAACACCCUGCAACCCCCACCCAAGAUGGCCUGGUCUGUGGGGUGUGGCGGGCAGUGCCUAGGUUGUCUCUGCGGCUCCUUAAGGCAGAACAGCUGCAUGUGGCACUUGUGACACCCACUCAUCCUUCAGGGGAAGUCUGGGGGCCUCUCAUCCGGCACCGGGCGCUGGCCGCAGAGACCUUCAGUGCCAUCCUGACUCUGGAAGGCUCACAACAGCAGGGAGUAGGAGGCAUCACCCUGCUCACCCUCAGUGACGCGGAGGACUCCUUGCAUUUUCUGCUUCUCUUCCGGGGGCUGCUGGAACCCAGGAGUGGGGAACCAGCUCAGGUUCCUUUGAGGCUCCAGAUUCUACACCAGGAGCAACUACUUCGAGAGCUCCAGGCCAACGUCUCAACCCAGGAACCAGGCUUUGCUGAGGUGCUGCCUAGCCUGACAGGCCAGGAGAUGGACUGGCUGGUGCUGGGGGAAUUGCAGAUGGCCCUGGAGAGGGCUGGUGGGCCAGAGCUGCGCAUCAGUGGACACAUUGCUGCCAGGCAGAGCUGUGAUGUCAUGCAAAGCGUCCUCUGUGGGGCUGAUGCCCUGGUCCCAGUCCAGACGGGUGCUGCUGGCUCUGCCAGCCUUGCAUUGCUAGGAAAUGGCUCCCUAAUCUAUCAGGUGCAAGUGGUAGGUACCAACAGUGAGGUGGUGGCCAUGACAUUGGAGACCAAACCUCAGCGUAAGAAUCAGCGCACAGUCCUAUGCCAUAUGACUGGACUCCAGCCAGGAGGACACACGGCUGUGGGUGUCUGCCCUGGACUGGGUGCCCGAGGGGCUCAUAUGCUGCUGCAGAAUGAACUGUUCCUGAAUGUGGGCACCAAGGACUUCCCAGAAGGAGAGCUGCGGGGACACGUGGCUGCCCUUCCCUACAGUGGGCACAGCACCCGCCAUAAUACAUUGCCGGUGCCCCUGGCAGGAGCUCUGGUGCUGCCCCCCGUGCAAAGCCAGGCAGCAGGGCAUGCCUGGCUCUCCCUGGAUACACACUGCCACUUGCACUAUGAAGUGUUGCUUGCAGGGCUUGGUGGCUCAGAGCAGGGCACUGUCACUGCCCACCUCCUUGGGCCUCCUGGGAUGCCAGGGCCCCGGCGGUUGUUGAAAGGAUUCUAUGGCCCAGAGGCCCAGGGUGUGGUGAAGGACCUAGAGCCUGAGCUGCUGAGGCACCUGGCACAGGGCACAGCCUCCCUGCUGAUCACCACCAAGGGCAGCCCCAAAGGGGAGCUUCGAGGGCAGGUGCACAUCGACAACCAAUGUGAAGUGGGCGGCCUGCGCCUGGCUGCAGCUGGGGCCGAGGGGGUACAGGCUCGGGGCCUGGUGGCUCCUGAUGCAGCAGUAGCCCCGCUCUCUGCGCUGCCCUCUGGGCCUGGCCCAGAGGCCCCAUUGCCAGUCAAACCUGGCGGCCCAGCACGGCCCCGAGACCCAAUGUGCUUCUUCGAGGGGCACCAGCGCCCCCACGGGGCUCGCUGGGCUCCGAACUAUGACCCCCUCUGCUCACUCUGCACCUGCCAGAGGCGAACAGUGAUCUGUGAUCCCGUGGUGUGCCCGCCGCUGAGCUGCCUGCAUCCAGUGCAGGCACUGGACCAGUGCUGCCCCGCGUGCCCGCAGAAACAAGAUGGCAGAGACCUGCCAGGGCUGCCAAAAAGCCGGGACCCAGGAGAGGGCUGCUAUUUUGAUGGUGACCGGAGCUGGCGGGCAGCGGGUACCCGGUGGCACCCCGUCGUGCCCCCCUUUGGCUUAAUUAAGUGUGCUGUCUGCACCUGCAAGGGGGGCACUGGAGAGGUACACUGUGAGAAGGUGCAGUGUCCCCGGUUGGCCUGUGCUCAGCCUAUCCGUGCCAACCCCACUGACUGCUGCAAACAGUGUCCAGUAGGAUCAGGGGCCCAACCCCAGCUGGGGGAUCCCAUGCAGGCUGAUGGGCCACGUGGCUGUCGCUUUGCGGGACAGUGGUUCCCAGAGAGCCAGAGUUGGCAUCCCUCAGUGCCCCCCUUUGGAGAGAUGAGCUGUAUCACCUGCAGAUGUGGGGCAGGGGUGCCCCACUGUGAGCGGGAUGAUUGUUCACUGCCACUAUCCUGCGGCCCGGGGAAGGAGAGUCGAUGCUGCUCCCACUGCACAUCCCGACAGCCAGGCCCUGAGACCAGGUCCAUUCCAGAGCUGGAGAAAGAAGCUGAAAGCUCCUAGGGAGCAGCCAAGGCCUCAUGACCAAGAGGACGGGGCCUGAGCUGGGGGAAGGGACAGCGCUGAGGACCCUGCACCCUCCUGUGGGAAAACCCUGUGCCUUUGGCUCCUCUGUUUUGCCUCUUCUCCCUCCCCACUACCUCUGGGAACCACAACUCCACAAGGGGGAGAGGUGGCCAGUUCAGACCAAGGCCAUAUCCACUCCAAAUCCUGCCCUAUUACCCUCUGGCCUCUGCCUGGGAAACCCAAUCCCUUUCCUUCUGUACAUAAUGUCACUGGCUUGUUGGGAUUUUUAAUUUAUCAUUACUCAGCACCAAGGGUCCCCUCACACACUUCUGCUGUCCCUGAGCUGAGCAGAGUCAUUAUUAGAGAUUUUUGUAUUUAUUAAAACUUUUUUUUUUUUUUUUUGGUCUCUGGGCUCAAGGUGGACUCUUUGUGGCCAGGGA